AUGAGCUCGCAUAAGCAAACCUCCUUCGACACCCAUUCCACCGAAAAUUCCAUUCUUCAAAGAGAUGCGAGUUUUUAUGCACAAAUACAUCGAGCGAAUCGUCAAUCUUGCGGGGACGGUAAUUGCGGUUACCGGGUCGUCUCAGGGUUGCUUGGUAAUGGAGAAGAUAGUCAUACGCUUGUCCGUCAUCAACUUAUCCAAGAUUUGAAGAUGCAUAAAGACUCGUACACGCGGUUAUAUGGAGAGGGCGCUAAAUUUGAAGCAGUUAAUGAAGCUCUUGUUCCUUGGUUGGGCGCUUACGCACCAGUGUCAAAAUGGAUGAGAUUCCCAAAAAUGGGAUAUCUUAUUGAAAGCGCGUAUGAUAGGGUGUACAUUGACUUGACGCGUUAUUGUUUUUUGGAAACCUUAUUUCCACUCCGGACCGCACCACCAACAAAUCCAAAUGAUCCCAUCAUGUGUAUUGGAUGGCUUUCAAAAUCGAGUCAUUUUGUGCAAGUUUACUUGAAACUGAGAUGCCCCAUACCAUCUACGUCACCGAAACGGGUGCUUCAUCAUACCGAAGAUGCCAAGAUGUGGUCGGAUCUUUUUAUUGAUAGGAUGCACAAAUUCGAAAUAUUGAACAACAUUGAGAAGGAAGCGAAUAAGGAAAAAUCAAAAUUGGAACCACCAAUAGAUUUAGCCGGCGAUAGUUCUUUUGAUGUCUUUUGUAGUUUCAAAGUGUAA